CAGCCCCAGAGGAGGUUGCCCACAGGCGGUCGCCGUCGCCUCCUUCCGUGUCCUCGGCUCGGGGGGUGCCUGUCAGAGACCGCGAAGUUGGUGUCGGGACCGUGGACCCCCUCAGUGCCCUCCGUGUUCGUUUCCUCCGCCGCGGCUGGCAUGAGGUCCUGUCAUCCGUGAUGGCAUCAGCUCUACCCAGAACCCUUGGAGAAUUGCAGCUGUAUCGAAUACUACAAAAAGCAAAUCUCUUGUUCUACUUUGAUGCCUUCAUUCAGCAGGGUGGUGAUGAUGUCCAGCAGCUCUGUGAAGCAGGUGAAGAAGAGUUUUUGGAGAUAAUGGCCCUUGUAGGCAUGGCUAGCAAGCCACUUCAUGUCCGAAGGCUGCAGAAAGCUUUGAGGGACUGGGUCACAAACCCUGGUCUUUUUAACCAGCCUCUCACCUCGCUACCAGUCAGCAGCAUUCCAAUAUACAAGCUGCCAGAGGGUUCUCCUGCAUGGCUGGGUAUAUCCUGCAGCAGUUACGAAAGGAAUAGCAGCACCAGAGAGCCUCACCUGAAGAUUCCCAAGUGUGCUGCCACAACGUGCGUGCAGAGCGUGGGUGCGAGCAAGUCCGAUGUGGUGGGGAACUUAUCACUGCAAAGUGGCAGCGAACCCAGACUCUGGCAAGGCCACCACACGGCGGAGAGUGAGCACAGCCUUUCCCCAGCUGACCUUGGCUCCCCAGCUUCACCAAAGGAAAACAGUGAGACCCUGGAUGCUGCGGCUGCCUUGUCAGUUGCUGAAUGUGUGGAACGUAUGGUCCCCUCCCUGCCCAAAAGUGACUCAAAUGAAGUCAAGGAGUUACUGAAAACCAAUAAGAAACUGGCAAAGAUGAUUGGUCACAUCUUUGAGAUGAGUGAUGAAGACCCUCACAAAGAGGAGGAGAUCAGGAAGUACAGUGCAAUAUAUGGCAGAUUUGACUCGAAAAGAAAAGAUGGCAAACAUCUCACCCUCCAUGAGCUAACAGUUAACGAAGCAGCCGCUCAGCUGUGCGUGAAAGACAAUGCCUUGCUGACCAGGAGAGACGAACUCUUCGCGCUAGCUCGGCAGAUCUCUCGAGAAGUUACGUACAAGUAUACAUACAGGACCACCAAAUCUAAAUGUGGAGAAAGGGAUGAACUGUCACCAAAGAGAAUCAAGAUAGAGGAUGGUUACCCUGAUUUCCAGGACACGGCCCAGACCCUCUAUCAGCAGGACAAAAUGCCACUUGCUUUGGCUAAAGGAAAGAGUGAGGACUCAACAGCUCUCAAUUCUCAGUCAGAAAAGGUGAUGGCAAAACAGAUGGAGUUUCUCUGCAACCAGGCUGUAUUAGAGAGACGUCUUUCCACAGGAUGUUACAGACAAAACUCAGAGGAGCACAGCCCCAAUGGCAUGUCACUAGAUAACGCUGAUGGACAAGGUGAGAGACCGCUGAACCUGCGGAUGCCCAGCCUGCCAAGCAGGCAGCUGCAGCACAUUGCACUCAACGGAGAGCAGCACAUUGGCAAACCUCUGUGCAGUGACUUGAUCCGGCUUUACCCCAGCGGGGAGGCAAAGUCCCAGUCCUCAGAAGGCCUUGGUAUUUUAAAGGAUUUUCCUCAUUCUGCUUUCAACAACAACAUAGAAAGGAAGGUCAUAAAAACAGAACCAGAAGACACAAGAUAGUCAUUCUGCUCUGGAAAACGGCGUCACAACAAAGAAUGGAAACUUCACAAGAGAGAAAAACAAACAAAAACCAGCCUUAAUAACCAGUGUUGCCUCAUUCAAAUAAGAGAUUUCAAUAGCCAAAGCCUAAGAACUGGUCCAGCAAUCUGCGGAAACAGGGAAGCAAGAGACACUGCAAACUCCAAACAGGCGUACAGGUGGAUAAACAUUCCUGUAAAAGUGGUUUUAUAACGUGGGAAGGCUCACAAAUUAAUAUUGUGGGUCUUCAUAUUAUUUAAGAAUGUAUUAUGUAUUUGUAUAACUUAUCAAAGUAAAUCUAGAUGUCAGGACGUGUAUUGAGUCCAGUAGAUGUGGCUACAGUUCAUUUUACUUGAAAUUUCAAUGUCUACUUCUAAGUGUACCUAGCAUAGAUACGGUUGUUAAAAUAUUUUGACUUACAAAUCCUGGGAGAAUUAGAAAUGUAAACCUCGUGGCACAAUUAACAACAAGUUUGUAACAAUAUUUGUAGAGGAGGAAAAAAAAAGACAAGUAAAAAAAAAAAAAAAGAAGAAAAAGCAAAUGGAAAACACAUUCAAUAUGUCAUGUUUUAAAAUGUUAUGUGGAUAUAGCAUUCGAUAGACCUAGACCCUGCCUCUGUAUUAUAGCAGACACCUAACUACAGUUACAUCACUUGGAAUGGUUUCAGCAGCCUUUGUGUAACACACUUAACAGCAUAAUACCUACCUACAGUUCAGGGGUGGAGAAAAUGCCAGGGUAUGGAAGACUCCACGUGGUUGAGAAAAGUUGUGUUGGGAUAUACUGCACCAUUCCUAACGACCUCAUUUGGUAGGAAACCCAAGAGACCCAAGUAGCGUGAGCAGGGCUGCCAAAAUUGUGAUUCAGACCAUGAGGACUUUCUGUGCAUCUUGAGAAAAAAAAAAAUUAAAAAUCAAAUCAAAUGCAUUCUAAGUGUGGCAGAGGUGAACUCAGAUACAUCUGUGUAAAAGGUUGCACUUGACAUCCGGAACCCAUCAGAUCUGUUGGAGGAGAGAGAGACAAGGCGUUAGGUUCUUCACGUGCCGCUCCUCAUGAAGUGCUGUCCAGCCCUGAUGAUUCUAUGAAUAUCCCGUAUGCUGCAUACAGGAUGCCAAUACCUUUCUUUGUGUGUGCUGAAGUAACAGCUGUGCUCUUUAUUUAUUUGACAGUUGGGUUGUUUUUGUACGUGUUCCUUUUUGCAGGUGUCAUUUUCUUACCCAAGGAGAAAUGGUCAGCAUAUAAGUCUGGAAUUUACCCUGGUGUGGGUGUGUGUGCAGGCAGGCUCCCUCAAGAAGAUCUGCUUUCCUGCAGUCCAAACUGUUACAUGCCUUGUUUUUUGAGCAGAGGGGUUUUUCUUGUUCUGGAGGGAGAAGGGAGGGCUGAAGAGAGCAAGUCACCACGUCAGUGGGUAAACCACCUUCACAUUCGGGUGUGUGCUACAUGUUCACAUUUCAGUCUGUGUCCUAGAUGUGUGUUAAGGAUCCGGUCGCAGUCCGUGUCAGCAAAACGUGAGCUGAAAUGUCUACACUGCAGUCUCUUAUCACUGUACCUAAUGAUUUUAUCACUUUGGAUUUGUGGAACAAGACGCUUUAUAGUAGAAACACCAGUAAACAACUUUUUAUACUAUUAAAAUGUUUGGUUUUAUAUGAAAAAACACACUGUUUGUUGAACUGUAUGGUACUGUUUCACUUACUGAAGUAUCUAAGCAACAGAGUGGGCAUCUUUGCUGUUAGAAAUAAGAGAUUGGCUGUGUAGUUCUAUUUCCUCUUUCCUGUUGUGUCAGCUGGUAAUACAGAUGAGAUGUUCCUCUGGUUUGUAACCUUAGCCAGUGCCCCAGUGCAGUAGCUGAGUAGCUUUCAUGAGAUGCGUAAGGAACCUGUUAAAGGACAGCUUAUGGUUUGAACUGUGCAGCUUAAAUGGUAGAAGGUACCAAGCAACAAUACUUUCAGAAAUGCAGGAAACAUUCUGAGUUUGGUUUUGGUUGGGUUGUUUGGUUGUUGUUUUUUUAAUCCCCCCAACGUCCAGCAUGAUCAGAAGUCAUGCGUGGAUCACGGAAGAAGCUCUUCAGCUUUCCAGUCUGAAGGCAGUUACAGUGAGAGGAAGGAAAAAAAGACCUUGCUGAGCAGCACACCAUGUCAGUUGAGCCCAGAAUUUAUUUUGUAAACACUAAUGUAUGAGAUUUGCUAUAAAUUAAAAGUUAUAUAGCAGUUCUUAUUUUUGAGUUGUAAAUAGAGUACUUUGUGUGGAUUGUCUCUAGGAUGAUAUUUCAGUUCAUAGUCCAACAGGCCAUUUCAGUCUCAAUAAGCUGGAAGCAGUUCCUCUAUUUUGUUUUUACUGGUCUGCAGCUGUAUGAUUUAUUUUUUAAUCUGGGAAGGUCUGGAGGGGGUGGGGGUGGGAGGUACAUUCCAAGAUUGCACAUACAUCAGGUAAUAGCAAAUACUCAAGCGUUGGUCUUUCCAUGACAAAGGUCUUGGUGGACUGCAACUCGGCCAGCCUCGAGUCGCAGGUGGAGGCUUGCCCUCACCUGCUCUCAAAGGGUUGCUGGAUUCAGGGUACUCUGGAUCAAACAGCAGCCCUGCAAACAAUGCCUGUUCUUAUUCACAUGUUUAUAUUGUUGCUUACCAAAUAAAAUUCACCGUGAGAACUC